AUAGGCCUGACAGCAUCUGUGGAGAGAGAAACAGCGUUGACGUUUUGAGUCCGUAUGACCCUUCUUCAGAGGUCAUACGGACUGCUGUCAGUUGAGCUGCAGUGCCAUCUAAUGCCAGGGUAAUGAAUGAGCUUUGGACUCCAAUUGCGAAGCAUUACAACCCACUUAAAGCUGGAAGCAUCGAUGGCACAGAUGAGGAGCCACAUGACCGAGCUGUCUCCAGGGCAAUUGCAGCCAAGUAUAGACCAAACAAGGGAGUGUUAGGAGACCCUCAUCUGACACUCUUUGUUGCUAGGUUGAAUCCUCAGACAUCUGAAGAGAAGCUAAAAGACACUUUUUCCAGAUUUGGGGACAUUCGCAGACUGAGGCUUGUGCGUGACAUUGUCACUGGCUUUUCCAAAUGCUAUGGCUUCAUCGAAUACAAGGAUGAGCGCUCAUUACUGAAGGCACAUCGGGAUAGCAAUAAAUUAGUGGUGGACCAGAAUGAAAUAUUUGUGGAUUUUGAAUUGGAGCGCACUUUGAAAGGAUGGGUCCCAAGGAGACUUGGAGGGGGAUUAGGUGGUAAAAAGGAAUCGGGCCAGCUACGGUUUGGUGGGCGAGAUCGUCCAUUCAGGAAACCUAUCAGUCUCCCAGCACUGAAAGCAGAACUGUACACAGAGGGGCAAGCAGACAAACUGGAUAGAUCAAGUUCCAGAGAGCUAUCAAGGGAUAGCUGGCAGUGGGAGAGAGGCCGAGACUGGGAAAGGCAAAGAGAAAGAGAGGAGAGAGGCAAGGAAAGAGAAAAGCGCGAACGAGAUAGAGAGCGAUACAGAAGCAGGGAAAGAGAUCAUAAACGACAAAGAGAUGAAGAUCGAUGUAAACAGGAAGAUAGACACCAACGCAGGAACAGGCAUAAAACCCGAAGAUAGAAGCUGAAUGAGAGGUUUACCUUCCUUGGGAAAUGAAAGUAAAGGUACCUUGUCGGGCCCUAUUUCACCACAGUCAUCUAUUAUUUUUAUGGCACAAAAAUAGCUGUGGUGUAUGAGAUAACAUUCACAACUUGCUCAUGAGCUGCUAUAAGUUAUUGGAGAGGGAAGGUUGUGUCAGUUCUAUGAAAGUUCUGUGUUUAAAAACAAAAAUGUGAUAUUAAUUUCCUUCAGUUUUCUGCCCGCAUUUCCUCGGCGCUAGGGUACCAGUCACCCUCUACGAUCUCUCUUAACUGUCCACACUUGAAGGACCCAAGAGAGUGGGAAGGAGGUCUAUCCUCACUUAGCAACCACACAGCAGGAACUAUGUCUAACAGCUCCCCUCUCCUUCACCCAACCCAGUAGCCCAAGAGAAGUGAAGUUAAUUGUAACAAGCCAAUUGUUACAGCUAACAAUGACGGCAUUUAUCAAACAGGAACCAGAGACCUUUGUUGUUCAUGUUGCUCAGUACUAGAUUGUAUAUUUAUCCAGUAAAUCAUUGUGUGGAAGUUGAUAAUUUUUCCCACUUUUUCAUGCAAUUCUUAAUUGAAGUUGCAAAUAUCUGGCUCUUGUAAUCACUUAAAAUGCUGAUUUUGUUUUAUGCAGUCCUAGAUUUUAUGGUAUUGUAUACUGCUAAAUUUGAAUAAAAGACCUGUUUCUGUUCAGCUUGAACAACUACGAAGUGAGAAUAUAUUAGCUGAAUUUCAUUAAAUAUAUUUCUAGUUU